AUGCAGACCCUCGCCGGAAAAGUCACCCUCGUAACCGGUGGAAGCAAAGGAAUCGGACGAGCAAUCUGUCUCCGCCUCGCACGCGACGGAGCAAAAGUAAUUGUAAACUACAGCAACAGCUCCACCGCGGCCGACGAAGUCGUAUCACUCAUUGGAAAAGAGAAUGCCACCGCCAUCAAAGCUGAUGCCGGAAACGUCGAAGACAUCUCAAAAUUGGUAGAUGCUACCGUUGAGAAACAUGGAAAGAUCGAUAUUGUAAUCGCGUGUGCAGCGAUCCUGAAGUUGAACGAGUUGGAAGAUAUUACCGAAGCGGAGUUGGACCAGACGUUCAAUUUGAAUGUCAAGGGGCCAUUAUUUCUAGCUCAGAAAUCAGCUCCGCAUAUGGCUCCUGGUUCUCGCAUCAUUCUGUUCUCCACCACUCAAUGUCACGCUAGUACUGUAACGCCAAAUUAUCUGGCAUACAUCAUGUCGAAAGGAGCCAUUGAGCAAAUGACACGAGGUCUUUCGAAAGAUCUCGCACGGAAAGGUAUUACGGUCAAUACGGUAGCACCAGGACCAACUUCAACCGAACUUUUCCUCAAGGGCAAGAGCGAGCAGCUUUUGAAAAUGAUUGCGGGCUUGAAUCCUCAAAAUAGAAUUGGAGAACCAGAAGAGAUUGCAGACGUGGUGGCUUUCUUGAGUAGUAGUGCGAGUUCUUGGGUGACGGGUCAGAUAUUUAAAGUUAAUGGUGGCAUGGCAUAA